UUACGCACAAAACCUGAGAGGGGAAUUCGUUAAAGAGUUUAGUGUUUGGCUUUUUUACUUUCCCUUUGACUUUCCUUUACGGUAAACGCCGCCGGUAUGUUUUCACUCUUGUGCGGAUUGUUGUGUUUCUGUGCGCUUUGCAGCGGUCAGAUAGCGACGAGAGGCCAGCCGGACGAUGGGAAGCGGUACAUCUGCCGGGCUGUACCCAUCAGCGGCGAUUCAAGCUGCCCUGUGACUUUAUUACCAGAGCUGAACGCCGGGAGCCAGGAAGAGGAGCUCAGAAAUACUGUCAUGCAGCUACGAGAGACAAUUUUACAGCAGAAAGAAACGAUUUCCAAACAGAUAGGCACCAUCAACGAGCUGACCACCAAGCUGUCCCUAUGCGCCUCGGCCACCGACGAUAGGAAGUACGACAAGGGGGGUUCCUGGGGCAAAGAAAAGCAAAAUACAAUGGGGGAUGUUCCUAGAGAUCCAAAUGACACAAUUGACAGUCUUGGAAAAACCAUGCAAGGGCUCAAGGACCGGCUGGAGAACUUGGAGCAACAGCAGCUGCGGGCCAACAUAUCCGGCGCCUCCUUCCCCAGUGAGCUCCGCGACAUCUUGCAGCGCCGGCUCGGGGAGCUGGAGAAGCAGCUUUUGAGGAAGGUCAGCAGCCUGGAGGAGGAGAAGAGCAUGCUGUCCAAUGCCACAGCCGCCUACAGGCUGAAGACAGAGAGCACGCUGACCGCCCUGGUGGACAGGAUCAGCGAGCUGGAGAAAGGAGGGGGAGACUUCAAGUCCCCAGAGCAGUUUAAGCUGUCCCUCCCCCAGCGGACCAACUACCUGUACGGCCGCAUCACCAAGAGCCUGCCAGAGAUGUAUGCUUUCACACUCUGCAUGUGGAUCAAGUCCAGCGCCAGUCCUGGCAUAGGGACGCCUUUCUCUUACGGUGUGCCGGGCCAAGCGAAUGAGAUUGUGCUGAUCGAAUGGGGCAAUAACCCAAUAGAGCUGCUCAUUAACGACAAGGUUGCCCAAUUGCCGUUGGAGGUACGUGAUGGAAGGUGGCACCACAUUUGCAUCGCCUGGACCACACGAGACGGCCAAUGGGAUGCUUACCAAGAUGGAGGGAAGCUAGGAACUGGCGACAACCUGGCAGCCUGGCACCCCAUCAAACCCGGGGGGGUCAUCAUUCUUGGGCAGGAGCAGGACGUGGUGGGCGGGCGCUUUGAUGCUGGACAGGCCUUCGUGGGCGAGCUAAGUCAGGUGAACAUUUGGGACCGUGUUCUGAAGCCGGUCGAGAUCCAGUCCAUGGCUAACUGCAGCUCUUAUAUGCCCGGAAAUGUGAUCUCCUGGCUAGCAAGCAACGUUGAAGUUUUUGGGAGGGGAGCGUUCAAGCGGCCCUUGGAGGUGUGUCAGGAUCGACUCCCGAAAGCUUAAAACUCAAAACUCAUCUGUCUACCUGUCUUUAGAUUAGCUGCUGUUUCCAUCCAUUCAGCAAUUUUUUUUAAUUGUCUGCCUUUUGCUGACAGGCAGUUUAUGGACUUUACUUUACACAUUGAUGUGUAACAAUUUUUGUUUUAUCUGCUCUGCACCGAGAGGUAUUUCAGAUUUGGGAUCCAGGUGAGAGGUCAUGUGGAGGGUUAACCCCAUCAUUGAAUGGUGGCCAUUUCAUAUCAUAUGUAUCAUUUCUCUCUUUACCACGACUAAGGUACUUCAAUCCUUCAAUACACCCACCCCCAUUGAAAAAGGUCCCCUCAGGUAUCAGUGCUAAGACAUACAUCCUCAUCCCCACAUAGCCUCCCACACACCCCUCCCUCCUCACUCAAAAGCUUUGAAGUAAUGAAAAUCCACUCUAGUCCGACACAGACGCACGCAUGUUCUGCAACCACUACAAAUACACUGAGGUCCAGACAAGCUGACAGUUUCCGUCGACAUGUGAGUAAGUAUUGCGUGCUGUGGCAGUGAGGAUAGAUUAAAGGUCUGGCUAGUGUUAUGUCUAUUCCUUAACUUGUAAAAGGCUUAGAGCCAGCAUCAACCCCACCUCUGGUCCUGACAUGUAGCUCUUUUGAAGGAGAAUAUUACUGGAAAAGUACAAUUUGGCACUUUAUCUGUAUUAGCGGUUAGUUGGAGCAUGUGUGCAAUAUACUACUAUAGAAAUACUACUGUGGAUUUAGUCUCUGUCAGUCUGUGCAUACAUAAGUGAUACCAGUGAUACUAGUGAGUUUAUCACCGUGCUUUUCUUUCCUUGCCUUUCUCCGUUUCCA